AACUAACUUCACUACCUUAACUAUUAACCAACUUCAGUCGUUCAAUUCUUUCCCUGUUUAACGUUGGAGCAACGAGUGACAGCUAAAAAUGGGGCGCCGACCAGCUAGGUGCUAUCGUUAUUGUAAGAACAAGCCUUACCCCAAAUCAAGAUUCUGUAGAGGUGUGCCCGAUCCAAAGAUCCGUAUUUUUGACCUUGGGAAGAAGAAAGCUUCUGUGGAAGAUUUUCCACUAUGUGUGCAUUUAGUAUCAGAUGAAUAUGAACAGCUUAGUUCUGAAGCUCUAGAAGCAGGACGUAUCUGUGCCAACAAAUACAUGGUAAAGAAUGCUGGAAAAGAUCAGUUCCAUAUUCGUAUGAGACUACAUCCGUUCCAUGUUAUUCGUAUCAACAAGAUGUUGUCAUGCGCUGGAGCUGAUAGAUUGCAAACAGGGAUGAGAGGAGCUUUCGGUAAACCACAGGGAACCGUAGCUAGAGUACAUAUUGGACAACCUAUUAUGAGCGUUAGGUCAUCAGAUCGUCAUAAGGCUGCCGUAGUCGAAGCUCUGCGUCGUGCUAAAUUCAAGUUUCCUGGUCGUCAGAAAAUUUAUGUUUCAAAAAAGUGGGGAUUCACCAAGUAUGACCGUGACGAAUACGAAGAAUUGAAAGUGGCUGGCCGUCUCGCUCCGGAUGGUUGCAAUGUUAAAUAUUUACCUGAGCAUGGACCUCUCGAUGAGUGGAAGAAGUUCAGGAAACUUCUUGCCUCUGCCUAAACGAGAAAUAACCUUUGAAAUUUUAUUUCAUUAAACUAAUUGAAAAGACAA